AUGCAGGAUGCAAGUGCUACCAAGUCAUGGCUUAAGCGCGAGCUCACGAGUGUUUUGGGCUUUGGAGAAGUGGAUGAGAUCGUGGCUUACGUGACGAACACCUUUCACUCAAAACUUGAGGCAUCCAAGUACCUUAUUGAGCUGCUGGGCGUUCCGGCGGCGCGGGCGGAGCACAUCAGCACCCGGCUCUUCUCGACUGAGCCGUCGCCCGGAGCAAAAGCUGCCACUGCUACUGCUCCAGCAGGAGAUCACCCGAAAGACGGACUGGUGCCUCGACCCACAGCAGUAAACUCGCGCCUGAAGUCCAGCAAGAAAUUGAAAAAGAACACGGGUGCGACAGCGCAACUGCUGAACAACGCGCUCAUUAUCAACUGUUUGCGGUGUGGCAGGAUCGAGUAUAAUGGAGGACGCCGCUGCGUCUUUUGCGACUCGGAGCUCCACUACGAGGCAGACGCAGCCAUGUCAGAUCACGGUGCUCAGCAGCACAUGGAGGAGCUCGUGCAGCUCGACGAGACGGGCGCUGAGCGCACACGUGUGCUGGACGCUGAGCAGUUUUUUUACGACGAAGAUCAAGUUGGGGAGCAAGACUACGACGACACUCGCAGCACCAAUGCCAAGCGGCCUAUCACUAUGGCGCUGGAUUUGGACAAAAACCAGUUUGCCGACGUCAGGAUCGCACGCAACGAGCAGCUCACGAAGCACGAGAGCGAGCUCGUGGAUCGUGUCCAGCGGAAGAUGAGCAAAGGCAAGCGUGGCAACGGCCGCAGCCACUCGUUGACGGAAGUGUCACCGGCUUCCAGUGGCAGCAUCCGUCGUGAGCCGGUUGGGGUAGUCGACGACUCGUACAACCUGCUCUAUGUGUAA